AUGGAAUAGUGGAUACAACAGUUAGAUUAUGGCGACAAUGAAUUUUAUAAUUUUUCAACAUUUUUCAAGCCAAUUAAAGUGAUUGGAUAAGGAGCGUUUGGCAAGGUUAUUCAAGCCAUUGAUAACUCCACAAACUAAGAAGUAGCUAUCAAGGUUAUCAAUAAGAAGAAAAUGGGCGAAGAUUGCAUAGAAAAAGUCAAGCAAGAGGCAAGGAUUUUGGAAAAGCUGAAUCAUCCAAACGUUGUUGAAUUCAAAAAGGUUUGCGAGACGGAUACCAAAAUUUUGAUUGCUAUGGAACUGGUUAGAGGAGGAUCUCUUUCAUAACUCAUGAAAGAAAGGAAGAGUAAAAAUGAUUGGUUUAAAGAGAAAGAAGUAUCUCAAAUUAUGAAGAGCAUCAUGCUUGGGCUGGUCUACAUACACGGAAAAAAUAUUGUUCAUCGUGAUUUAAAGCCAGAAAAUAUUCUUAUAAACGAUGUUAAUGAUUUUACUUCCAUCAAGAUUGCAGAUUUUGGCCUAAGCUCUGCUUUUUCAUUAUGGACGACUAAUGGCUUAACUGAGCAGUGUGGUACUCUCCUUUACAUGGCACCAGAAUUUUUUGCAUCAAGAGUCUACUCAAAGCAAAUUGACAUUUGGAGUUGUGGUAUCACCAUGCAUAACCUGCUUGAUUUUGGAAACCACCCUUUUUAUGAGCCCAAAGCUGAUGAUGCAGACACCUUCAAGCAAAAGCUUUCAAAUCCUAAGUGGAAAAUUCCUGCUCACUUUUCAAACUUGGCCAAAAAUUUAUUAUCAAAGCUUAGUUUGAUAAAUCCUACUGAAAGAUAUUCUGCCAUAUAAGCUUUACAACAUCCUUUCAUUACUGAGAACUUAAAUGGAGCUAUACCUAUGACUAUGAAUGAAUAAUUAUUGUCAUUUAAAAUUAAAGAGAGUCUAAUUUAAAAAUUAAAAGUAAUGCUUUUCAUUUAAUAUGUUAAGAAUAUGCAAAAUGACUAGGAUAAAUGUAAAUAAGAUUAAGAAGGAACUUUAAAACUCGAAUAAUCUGAAAAGAAAACUUAGUAUUUGUAAGAUUCUGCAAUUUCUAAAUAAAGAAGCGACUGUUCUAUAGAUUGCUAAGAGAAAAUUAAAGAUUUAGCUGUAGUAGAACAAUUUAAAGUGGAAGAAAAUAACUCAAAUAGAACAUUUAAAUUUAAGACAUAUGGCUACAUACCAUAGAAUACAGCUAGUACAUCGACAUAAAUAUCCUCUGGAUAUAAUGGGAAUAAGGGAAUUUUACAUUUUCAAAAUAAAAUUUGUAAUCAAGAACAAUCAAACAAUAGUUCUAGCAACAUUUCUUUCAAUAUAGUUGAUAACACAUAAAAUAAUUUGACAAGCCUAUCAAGAAAACCACCACUAAAAUUCAUGAUUAAGAAAUAAAAAAGUUUAAAUCCAGAUCAACCUUAGCAAAUUCCUUCUCAGAAUUUGUAAAAAAAGAGAAACAGUGUAUUAAAUAACAGAUAAGAUUUUACUGAUGGAAGUAUUUUGAUAGAAAUUCAAGAAAAUCCAUUAGAUCAGUAGGGCUCUUAUAGUGAAAAGACAUUUAAAAGAAAUUAAGUUUUUAAUUAAAAUGGCUUACAACAUACACAAUAAUAAUAACAAAACCAAUAUUUAUAAGUAAAGUAAAAUAUAAAUAAUGCAGUAAUGUAAGCCAAAAAAAGUUCAACUAUCACUUAGAACUCACCUGGAAAACCGUUAACUGCAGUAUAAUUGAAUAGACCUUCUACUAUUACAAAUUAACAAAAGAAAAAAAUGAAUAUCCACCAUGCUCCUCCCUUGCCAACAAAUUUAUAUCACAAUAAAAAGGACAGUCCUUUAGAAUAUUUAUAAACAGCAAACACUCCCUAUAGCAAAGAUAUUAGUUACGCAAACUAAUCCCUUAAUACAUAAAAUUUGUUAAAAUAAAUGAGAAUUAAGUCAGCUACCAGACUAAAAUAAGACCCUAUUACCAACACCAAGAGACGCAAUUCUAAUUUGAACUAAAUUAGCUAAAUUCAAAUCAUCAAAAAAGCUAUUGAAAGUUAAGAUUUACCACUCAAUCUCUAAGAGGCUAAUUUGAUGUCUCCAAACAAGAAUUGUGCACCUUCAAUGAGUCCCAAUUUUCAAAAGGAAAACCGAAAUUGUGUUUCCAGCCUGCAAACUCAGAACAACAGCGCGAAAAAACCACCUCUUAAAUAGUUUUAAACCUAAGACUGUUCAGCCAUGAUAAUGCUCAAUUAAUAAAAUGGUGAAUAUAGUAAAUAAAAUGCAAUAACUCCACAAGACUUCAAACAACUAAGAAUCAAAGUUAAACCAAAAAAAAUACCAGAAUCUACAUUUAAAGAUUACCAUCAAAAAAGAUAAUAAAUAUCCCUAGCUUGA